CAAAUUAUGCGUACACGGUGUAAAUACGGUGCAGCGACUUGUGUGAUUCUUUUUGUGCGGUAAAACUUAUGCAACUUGACUCGAACGGUGCUAGAUACGGGAUUUAGGAGAAUUGUCGUCCUUUAAAAUAACCCCCGGCCGUCCCUGCCCCAGGAUCGUACGGAAAAACGACUUAUAAAAAAACAUAUGACUAAUCUGCGCCUACCACCCAGCGGCGAAGCUCGUAUCGAAAUGCGCGUAUGACGACGGUCUGGUUGGUUGGUGCGAAAUUAGGCCGUCCUGUAGACGGGUCUACCCCGCCGGAAUAGAGGACAGUUUUAGCGACGGUCGAAAAUCAUCUCGUUUGUGUGUCGGUGAAAGAUGGCUUGUUUUAGGAUGCAUUGGAGAACGUCCGAUCUGUGAUAAAAGUUUCCUACCAGUUGGACAAGACGGACAUGGAUCCGAACAUGCCGGAUCGGCCACAACAACAACAUACCGUAGUAUUAGACGAAGGAGCACAUGCUAGCACCUCCUACUCCAGAGUGUCUCCCCCCAAGGCGGUCAUAGAUAGCAGUCCACUGCAAAGCGCGAUGGACAAAAACAAGGAAUCACUGAAAGUGAAGCUGCUGGUGCGGCGGUCCUUUGACCAGCUGGUACAGCAAGGAAUAAUGCCACCAUUGAAAACGUCACCGGCAAUAUACGAACAGCGCAGGCAGCUGGAGCGGGCCAAAACCGGUGAUCUGCUGAAAGCGAAGAUUAAAAAGCGUCCCGAUCGGGUGGAGCUGGAGCAGCGGCACAUCCUGGAACACUGCGACUCCAACAUUGAUCCGAGUUUGGCGGAAAAGCGGCGCAUGCUGGAGAAGGCCCUGCUGGUCGAUCAUCUCAACUCGAAGAUAUCGCAUCGGCCGGGCCCGCUCGAUUUGAUCGGUAAAAACAUCCUGCACGUGGAGGAACCGAUCGAGCGCAUCGUGAAGGAGGGUCGCUUGGUGGACUAUGCGCUAACGCUCGACGAAUCGAACGUUUCCGUGUCCACCCCGACGACGGUCGGUGAGGGGGAAGAUUCGCUCAGCUCCGAGGGUGAAUCGUUGCACAGUGUGGUACUGGUGAGCCAGCCGCUCGCCCAGCAGGGACACGGUGGCGGUGGGACACUGCUGCACCAUCAGAUACAGUUGCAACCGCUUCACACACAUCCGCAACAGACAGUUCCACAACCACAAGCGGUGCUAACGACGCAGCCGGAAUUCUUCGCCCUUAAACCAACCAUACCGAUCGUUACGAACGAUGGUACGGUGCUGGCGGCAAUCGCCACACCCGUCGUGGCCACGACGACAACCGUCACCGCCAUUGCCACCGUUGGUGGUGGGGCGAGCAUAGCCACCAUUGCGGAUGUCCCCAUGGAUCAAGGCACCAGUCAUACUCCUAGCAGCAGUAUCAAUAGCAUCACCAGCACCACCACCACUUCCAACCUACGACCCAUACUGCCAACACCAAGUGCCAACACUAGCGGUGAUCUGCUCUCGGCCCGACCAACACUCACCAUGACAACGAUCCCGUCGGAAAUAAAGCUCAUCAGCGCCAGCAGCGUCCCAUCGGGCGGUGGUGGUGGUGGUGGUGGAGGUGGCGGCAAGGACAAAUCGUCGAAGAAGAAGAGUAAAUCGAAGAGCAUCACAAAGGCGAAACCGAUGAAGUUCCACGAGUACAAGGGUCCGCCAUCGGCGUACAAAAGCUCGAUGUCUUCGUCGUCAUCCACGCCGGGCCAUGGAUCGUCGAGUGAUAACAACUACCAGCUAAUUAUGCAGCAGCAAACCUUACUGUCGUACUUGGAGGAUAUGUGUAAACAGCCUACGCCAGCCGGCGGAAGCAUGCCAUCACCGUCGAACCGUGAGCAACAGGGUACAACCGAUGGUGAGGAUAUUGCCGGGAGCGAUUUAACACCACUCGACUCGCCGCUCAGCAAUGCCGGGGUUGGUGGUGGUGGAUGUAGCUCAGUCUCGAGUAGUUCACGUGGCAAAGCUACGGCCAGUGGUGGCGGUGGUGGUACAGCGCCAGCUAUAACGACGACCCCUCUGGCCGUAGCGGACCUGGGGCUGGACACAUUGAAUAAGCUGAAAGUGUCGCAGCUGAAAAAGUACUGCAAGCAGUACAAUCUGGCCGUAUCCGGUACGAAAUCGAACCUCAUCGAACGACUAAAGCCGUUCCUGAAGUCAAUCGAUCCUAACGCCGGAUCCCCGGCAAACAGUGGCCCUCUGAGCGUUAGCAGUGCCGCGGCCGUUGAUCAGGAGCUGGAUGAUAGUCUGCUGGCGGAGCAGCAGAAGCGAAUAGCCGAGCUGCAGCUUCAGCUCAAGAAAAGCCAAGAAGAGCUGGAACAAUUUCGCUCACUGUGCAAUAAUCAAUUUGGGGGGCCGAGUGCGCCCGUCCUACCGGAGGCUGCCCUGGUUGGGUGUCAAAUGUCUCCGGCACCUCCACCACCACCACCGCUUCCAUCAACGCAGCUAUCGGCCGUGUUAGUUGGUUCGCCGUUCUCAAUACCCGUCGGAGAACCGACGGAAACUGGCGGUGGGGUGGAACUGGACAGUGGAGAAGCUCCGAAUAUUGAACCACCCGACACAACCACAAUGCCAGUGCUCGAGGACAGCUUCUUCCUCGAUGGACUCUCCGCGCCCGAUUCCACCACUGUCGACUAUGGGCACGAUAUGGAGGAAAUCUUGCCACCGGAACUGACAGGCGGUGCCGCUAGCACAUUGCCCGUGCCAGAUCGCAGCCCAACGCAUAUGGCCACACUGGACAAGGUGCUCGGGCAGGUGCAGCCAACGAUUUCCAGCAUUGCGAUGAACGCCGACCCGACCGGGGGCGAAAGGAACACCGUCGGCGGGUCGGCGGUGUCGUCCGGUUCCAUCCGGAACGGGGCGGCCGGAUUGCCUGCGAUCGUCGGAGGAGGUGUUCCCGGUGGCGGUCGGGCGGUGGUCGGUGAUAUGCACGAUCUAUCGCUGAGCCUAAAAUCGGUCAACUUUGACACGGUAACUGGAACGGGCGACGAUUCGAUGCAGCAGGAUACGAUCAUGCUGAACGAUUUCGGCGAUAUCGAUCUGGUGGACUUUCAAAUGCACUCGCUCGACAGUGAUGGUCCGUUUCCGAUGCUUACGAAUCACGAUCUGGAUCCGAGCAGCAGCACCACCACCGAUCACUACGUUCAGGCGCACUCGGCGGCCACGGGCCAGACGACGACGACGACGACUGUCGGUCUGUUCGGGGGCCGGGAUGAUCUUAAUGGAGGCGGCGAACUGUUUGCGAACCAUCAACACCAACAACAGCACGGUCAGCCGAUGCACAGUGAUCCCCGGCUGCAUCAUCACCAAACGUACGUGAACAACAAUAACAUCUUAAAUGGUGUUGGUAGCGAGAACUCGCUACGAUUAGAUUUACUUAACCAUGGCGUGCGUCAGGCUGGCAUAACGGUCAAACAAAAUCCACUCGAAUCGCAUCAGCAGCAACAACAACAACAACAACAACAACAACAAACACACCAUCAUCAUCAUCUCCAUCAUCAUCAGCAGCAACAACAGCAGGCCUUGCAGCAAAGUGACACAAAUAAUAACAGCAACUACGAUGCGAACCGCUCCAUAGGGACAUUUCGGUUUGCGAUGCAAGUGCAGCAACCGGUGGCAAGCAGCAGUACGAGCAGCAGUAGUACCAGCACCAGCAGCAGCCCUGCAAACUGCUUCAAGACCGUGGCCAUCUCCUCCACAAACGCCAACCUCAGCAAACCGACAUUGCAUUCGAAUCACCAUCAACACCAUCAACAGCAGCAACAUUUUAACCUACAACACCAUCAGCCGCAGCACCACCACCAACAACACCAUCAGCAGCAGCAGCAGCAGCAGCAAAUGUCCCAACUAACAGCUCCAUCUUCCAUCGUCAGCAGUAGCGGCAGCACCAGCACCAGCAACAAUGGCACACUGAUUGGCGAUCAGAUCGACUCGUUCCAGGACAAUGCGAUGGACUUUGAAAGCUUGCUCACCACCGACGCCGACACGGACAGCGUGCUGACGGCCAACAACUGCCACCGGAUGGUGCUGGAUUGUGCCCAGGACAAGCCCAUGUUUACCUACUUGCCGGACAACAGCUUAUUAGAUUACUUUAACGAAGAUUGUAACGGGCACGAUUAUGAAAUAAAGCAUCUGGAGUACUAAAACUGAAGUGAAACAACAAAUCGACCAACACCAUUAGCGCACGAUCCAGAGAAGGGGGGAGGAAAAAGGGUGUCCAUGAACUGCUCCGUACCCCCGAUACGUGUUCCUAAGAGAACGGAAAUCCGCCGGAGGGAAACUACAAAACUCAGGGCUCGGUUUGCGAGAUGAAGAAAAAAAAAAGCUUACGCCAACAAUGCGCGUUCAACAACCCCAACGCGUCCCUUUUUUGUGGAUCCUCUUUUCGGCCAAUACGCGAUAUGAUGCGUUAUUCAGUUUUCCUUUCUAAGCCUUUAACCAUGUUGCUAGUUUUAUUACGUGCAUAAUAACGUUAUCACUACAGAAAGGAAUACAAAAAAAAGUUCAGCGAAACUGUGGGACACAACAGAAGAGGGGAAAAGAAACACGUGUGGAACGUGUCGAGCUAAACACGAAAGACAAUACCAACAUAAUAUGCAGGCGCGCCCCGACGCGGAGCGAUGGGCCAGGUCUUCUAUCGCACGGUUUGUCGUAGCUCCGGAUCCGGUGCGGCCAUAGCGUAGCCGAGCUCGCGGAGCGCUCGCAAGACGUCACCGAACACCUGCGGAUCCUCCACCGUCGCUGGCAGGGUGAUGUGCUUGUUCGCCGCCAGAUCUGCCAUGGCUUUGCGCAACGUUUUUCCUUCCGAAAGAAGAGGCAACAAAAAAAAAAAGACAAAGAUAGCAAAAACAAUUAACCAUCGACGGAUAGGAGAUGGGUAUUUGUGUUUGAAGGCCACCGCAUACCGG